AUUUUUAUUCCCCAAAUCAGAAAAAACCCUAAAUUCGCUCCCAAUUCCGAUUUCGAAUCCAAUCGGAGCCCCAGUUUGGUUAAUUGAGCUGGCCUAUGAUCCGAUUCGGCUAAUUUAUCGCCGUAAAUUCUGUGAAUUUUCUGAGGGUCAAAAGAUAUGGGGGCGGUGACGUCAUCGAUGGCGGCGAAGUUCGCGUUCUUCCCGCCGCAGCCGCCGUCGUACGGGGUGGAGGAGGAGGAGGAGAGCGGGAAGCUGAGGAUGACGGGGGUGCCGGCGAGGUCGAACGUCGACGUUUUGAAGCUGAGGACGAAGAGGGGAAACGACGUCGUCGCCGUUUACUUUAAGAACCCGGCGGCGAAGCUCACCGUGCUGCACUCCCACGGUAACGCGGCUGAUCUGGGCCAGAUGUAUGAGCUCUUCAGUGAGCUCAGUCUUCACCUCAGAGUCAACUUGUUGGGGUAUGAUUAUUCUGGGUAUGGACAAUCUACUGGGAAGCCGAGUGAGCAGAACACUUAUGCAGACAUAGAAGCUGCGUAUAGAUGUCUCGUGGAGAAGUACGGUGCAAAGGAGGAGGAUGUAAUUUUAUACGGGCAAUCAGUUGGCAGUGGGCCUACUCUAGAUCUGGCAACUCGCUUACCGAAAUUAAGGGCAGUGGUUCUUCACAGCCCGAUCAUGUCUGGCCUUCGCGUCAUGUAUCCGGUGAAGCGAUCGUACUGGUUUGACAUUUACAAGAAUAUUGACAAAAUACCAUUGGUCAAUUGUCCUGUUUUGGUUAUCCAUGGGACAGCUGAUGAUGUGGUGGAUUGGUCACAUGGCAAACAACUUUGGGAACACUGUAAGGAGAAGUAUGAGCCAUUGUGGAUAAAAGGAGGGAACCAUUGUGACCUAGAGCUCUACCCACAGUACAUCAAGCAUUUGAAGAAGUUUGUAUCAGCUGUUGAGAAGUUGUCCAUCACCCAAAACCCACCACCAUCAAAUCUCACCACCAAGCUCUUUGCUUUUGCAAACCCCAGUAUCUCCCCCCAAAACCCAUCAAUGAUAUCCACCACUGUCUUUAGAAGCCUCACCAAACAAGCCAUUUCAAGAACCCAGAGGCUCCCCCUUAAACCCCUUCUUGGGUUUUGCCAAAGAUCCGAUUUUUUUCAGCACCCCAUUUUGGUGAGUUCUUGCUCAACCUUGGUGGGUUCUUGCCAAAUUGAUCAUAUGCAGAGACCCAGUUUUGGGUUCAGUGAUUUUUGCCCCAAAGGGUAUGCAAGUGUGGCUGAGGCCAUUUCGUCCACUGAUGCAUCAUCAUCUACUGAUGCUGAGGAGGAGGUGUGUGUUGUUGAUGAGCUUCAGGAAAUAUUGAAGGAGAUGAAGAAAGAGGAUAAGAGGCAGUCAGCCUAUAGGUGGCGGAUUGAGCAAGCUAGGGUGAGAGGAAUGGGGGAAGGGAAGUAUUUGAUGUUGAGGAGGAGGCAGAUAAAGAUUGAGACCGAAGCGUGGGAGAGGGCGGCAGAUGAGUAUAGGGAGCUUUUGAUGGACAUGUGUGAGCAGAAGCUGGCACCCAAUUUGCCAUAUAUGAAGUCUUUGUUUCUUGGUUGGUUUGAGCCUUUGUGUAAUGCCAUUACCAAGGAGCAGGACUUGUGCCGCCAAGGGAAGAAUAAGACUGCUUAUGGUCCUUAUAUGGAUAAGUUACCAGCGGAUAUGAUGGCGGUUAUUACAAUGCAUAAGUUGAUGGGUUUGCUGAUGACCGGUGAGCAUGGCAGUUGCAGGGUUGUAUCGGCUGCUUGCACCAUUGGGGAAGCCAUAGAGCAGGAGGUUAAGAUACACAACUUCUUGGAAAGGACGAAAAAGAAAAAGGUUGGUAAAGAUCAGGAAACGGGAGAAUCUGAUGCUGCAAUGAAGGAAAAUGAGAAGCUGAAUAAAAAGGUCACUAAUUUGAUAGAAAAAAAAAAACUGCAAGCAGUGAGGCACAUAGUGAGGGGACAUGAUGAUUCAAAAGCCUGGAGCCAGGAAGCAAAGGCCAAGGUUGGCAGUCGAAUGAUUGAAUUGCUGACCCAGACAGCUUUUAUACAACCUCCUGCUGAUCAGUUAGGGGACAGUCUAGUGGAUAUACGACCUGCAUUUGUACACACGUUUAAGACUGUGAGCAAUGCAAAGAACACUAGCAGAAGAUAUGGUGUCAUUGAAUGCAACCCUCUUGUUCUCAAAGGCCUUGAGAGAACAGCAAGGCACAUGGUGAUUCCUUAUAUGCCCAUGUUGGUACCCCCACUCAAUUGGACAGGUUAUGACAAAGGAGGGCACUUUUACUUACCGUCAUAUGUAAUGCGCAUUCAUGGAGCUAAGCAGCAGCGUGAAGCAGUUAAGAGCACCCCCAGGGAACAACUGGAACCGGUUUUUAAGGCCCUGGACACUCUUGGGAAUACCAGAUGGAGGAUUAAUAAGAGGGUAUUUAAUGUUGUAGACAGAAUAUGGGCUAAUGGAGGUCGUCUGGCUGAUUUGGUGGACCGCAGUGAUGUUCCUUUACUAGAGAAACCAGAUACUGAAGAUGAAACAUUGCUUAAGAAAUGGAAGUGGAAAGUGAACAAUGUGAAGAAAGAAAACAGGGAGAGACAUUCACAGCGUUGUGACAUAGAACUUAAACUUGCUGUAGCACGGAAAAUGAAGGAUGAAGAAGGAUUUUACUUUCCACACAAUCUUGACUUUCGGGGCCGUGCGUAUCCUAUGCACCCAUACUUGAACCAUCUCGGUUCAGAUCUUUGCAGGGGUAUUUUAGAGUUUGCUGAGGGACGCCCUCUUGGAAAGUCAGGUUUACGUUGGCUGAAGAUACACUUGGCAAAUCUAUAUGCUGGAGGUGUGGACAAAUUAUCUCUCGAGGGUCGACUAGCAUUUACUGAGAAUCAUUUGGAUGAUAUAUUUGAUUCCAUGGAUAGACCACUAGAAGGAAGGCGCUGGUGGUUGAAGGCAGAAGAUCCAUUUCAGUGCUUGGCUGUUUGCAUUAACCUCACUGAAGCUCUAAGAAGCUCUUCUCCAGAAACAUUUAUCUCACAUAUUCCUGUACAUCAGGAUGGCUCUUGCAAUGGCUUACAACACUAUGCUGCCCUCGGAAGGGACAAGUUAGGAGCAGCUGCUGUCAAUCUGGUUGCAGGAGAGAAACCCGCAGAUGUUUAUUCAGGAAUAGCUGCUAGGGUUCUCAAUAUCAUGCAGAGUGAUGCACAGAAGGAUCCUGAAGUUUUUCCUGAUGCAUUGCGUGCAAGAGUGUUGGUUAAUCAGGUGGAUAGGAAGUUGGUAAAGCAAACAGUGAUGACAUCAGUAUAUGGUGUCACUUAUAUUGGUGCUCGGGAUCAAAUCAAGAGGAGGUUGAAGGAACGUGGUGCCAUUUCAGAAGAUGAUGUCUUUGGUUGUGCUUGUUAUGCUGCAAAGGUCACCUUAGCUGCUUUAGGGCAGAUGUUUGAAGCUGCUCGAAGUAUCAUGAGCUGGCUUGGAGAUUGCGCAAAAAUAAUUGCAUCCGAAAAUGAGACAGUACGAUGGACAACUCCACUUGGACUUCCAGUUGUGCAACCUUACCGUAAAUACGGAAGGCAUCUUAUUAAAACUUCCCUUCAAAUUUUGACAUUACAACGAGAAACAGAAAAGAUCAUGGUCAAGAGGCAGAGGACAGCUUUCCCACCAAAUUUUGUUCAUUCCCUCGAUGGUUCUCAUAUGAUGAUGACUGCGGUUGCCUGCAAAAGGGCAGGCUUAAACUUUGCAGGAGUACAUGACUCGUAUUGGACACAUGCUUGUGAUGUGGAUGUAAUGAACAGGAUACUAAGGGAAAAGUUUGUUGAGCUAUAUGAGACUCCAAUACUAGAGAGAUUGUUGGAGAGCUUUCAGCAGUCCUUUCCCACAUUAACUUUUCCGCCCUUACCUGAGCGGGGUGACUUUGAAUUAAGGGACGUUUUAGAAUCGCCUUAUUUCUUUAACUGAUACGCGCCGAGUUGUCUUCAUUUUAGACAACCUAUGCCUCGAUUAGCCUUCCGCUACUCAGCUUCUGUGAAAAGGUCUAGAAAAAUGAAGCGGGUUGAAUGAGAACUCAGGCAUUGUCUCCCUGUAUCAUAUGCCCAUAAAGUCUGCUUGAAGCUUUGAGGAGUCUACUUACGAAGUCAGCAAAGCUUGAUACAUCAGGCAAAGCUUCUAUGAGGAAGCUGAGAAUCAAAGAUGUUACUAAAUACAGCUAGUCAACGAUCUAUAUCUUAGAUUCUUGUGAAGUAUCGGAAGCGUCACGACUGAUCGAGGAAUAAGCCUUACUAGA